UUUGCCCACACCCGACGCAACUUCCGGUUUUUCAUUACAACCUGGCGCCUGCCAUGGUCGCCUGGCAACACCGGAAAUCUGUCCUGGUCGCUGAUCACACAAUGUCAGAGGUCCACAUUAUUGGACAGAUCAUUGGAGCCAGUGGCUUUCCCCAGCACAGCCUGUUUUGCAAGUGGGGUGUACACACAGGGGGUGCCUGGAAGUUACUCUCUGGGGUGGUGGAAGGUCAGACACAGGUAGACAACCCCCAGAAUGAGGACAUGGCAUUCUGGUCGCACCCCAUUGACAUACAUUUUGCUACAAAAGGAUUACAAGGUUGGCCUAAGCUCCAUCUCCAGGUCUGGCACCAGGACUCCUUUGGCCGGAAUGAGCUGUAUGGUUAUAGCUUCCUGCACAUCCCCUCUUCUCCGGGUACCCACUCUCUGCUGAGCCCUACAUGGAGACCCAUAGGGACCUGGCAGGAGCAGAUAUCCCAGAUGUUUGUUGGGGGAGGGCCGCAGCUGAAAUCCCCAAGCCUCAUAUAUGGGGGUGCUGACCGGUACCGCCUGCAGACCACAAGCAUGGGGCAGGUACAUCUGGAGCUCACGGUCAUUCUUCGGAACUUUGAGCGUUAUGGGGUAGAAUGUUAGUGACGGGUGAUCCUGACACCUCCAGUGUAAUGCCACAGGGGCUGUGAGACCUCCAUCAGCAAAGAGCAACUCCUGGGUGAAGAUCUGACCGAUUAUCAUUGUAUUACCUUCUAUACCUUUGUCUGUGACAUUUCUUCAUUCGCAUCAAGUAUGUUGCCCUUAUUCCCAGUGUGACCAAUGCCUUUUAUUUACAGACUAUAUAUGAGAAUUUUAUACACCCCACCCGGACUGGCACAGAGGGUCUUUUCUCCUCGUUUUAUAUUUUCAUGUUUUAUAUUUAAAUGUUUUUAAUUUAAAUCCGUUUACACCAGUUUUAUAAUAAAUUGUAUUUUAAGAAAAA